ACCCCACCCCACCUGCCCCACCCUGCCCAGAAGUCCCCAUGCGGCCCGUUUUGGAUGCAGAAGAUUUCUACACUUCCCCUCAAAGAAAGCCCAGAAGCCGCCUGGAAAGUAUGUUUUAAAAUAAUAGAUUGGUUCCAGCCAUUGAGGUUUCUGCUCCAGUGGCUACUCAAGGGAUGUUCCUGGCUUCGCUGCCUGUUUAUAGUGAAACCUCGUGACGGUAACAAGCGCCAGCCUGCCACAAAGCGCCUGGGCACAGUGGCUCAGAUCCUCUUUGCCAUCAUCCCGGUCCGAUUCCAGCUGGCCCUUGGCUUUUUACAUAGCAUGUGCCAGAGCAUUGAAGUUGAAGAGACGUUGAAAUCGCCUGUCACCCCUUCUAUGAGAGGGAGUAAAAGGAAGAAGGAAGAAGAUGCUGUUCUGGAUGAACCCCAGUGCUGGAUAGAAACAAUCCUGAAAGAUCUUCCAGAUAAUGAUGAUUCAGAGGAUACCACCUAUGAGCCCACCAAAUCAGAAACCGACAGUGAGGAGUAUAAGUCACAGAACGACACUGAAGGUGAUCUGGAAUACGAGGAGAAGGAUGGUUUGGUGAUGCUGAAGGAAGACCCAAUUUCAACGGGCCAAAAUGGAGAGGGCACUACAGAAGAAACACCCCAAACAGCAGAUGUUAGAGAAGAACUAGUGGCAUCACGAACAUCUGGGGAUGACCACAAAUACCCAGAGCACUGUCUUUUGACAAGCAGAGGCAUCUGUUCCCUAAAGAGCUUGGAAAGUACAGAAAUCAUGGCCACAUCCAUCCAAGGCAGUGACACAGUUGAUAGCAAUGACUCUGAAGAUGUUUGGACAGAAGUCAGUUGCCCCGGUAAGGAUUUUUUCUUUGCUUGGUAUAAUCAAAGGCCCCCUUCAUCCGUGGAGACCUCAUGGAGUGACUUUGAACCAGUCACCAUAUCUCAGCUCAUAGGGUGGAGGGUGGUUUGGGCACAGAAAACCUGGAAGAGAGAACAAAUAAUGUACAAGAACUCUGAUCUCCUGGAGGAAAAGUCAGUUACAAAUCUAACAUAAAAGUAUCAAACCCUUUUCUUUCUUUCUUUCUUUCUUAAACAAAGACCAUAUUUUCAUGAAAAUGUUGUAUAGGUAGAAAAGAAUAUUUGUAGCUCAGAGUUGAACUGUGGAGUCCUUAGUGCUCUCUGAGUUUAGUGGUUUUCCUGCAGAUACUUUCA